GAUUUGCAUCAACUGGCUAGCUCUUCUUGCAAAAAAAACUUCUUUCUUAAACCAGCAUUAUUAGGCAUGGGAGAAGUUGAUCUAGCUUUCAUCCAGGACCCUGAUCACAGGCCUAAACUCUCCAUCACCGAAGUCGAGGGCAUUCCCUUGAUCGACUUGUCUCCGAUAAGCUCCCCAGACUCCGCUACUGACCCUAAACUCGUUGAAGAGAUUGUUAGGGAAAUAGGUAAUGCAUGCCAGGAGUGGGGCUUUUUCCAAGUGAUAAACCAUGGGGUUGUACUGGAUAAGCUCCGAAAGAUUGAGACUGCUGCUAGGAAGUUCUUUGCUCUGCCUUUGGAGGAGAAGAGGAAGAUCCGGAGGGAUGAAAAAAGCGUGUUGGGUUACUAUGACAGCGAGCGCACGAAGAAUGUCAGAGACUGGAAGGAGGUGUUUGAUUUCACAGUGGAGGAGCCUACUUUAGUUCCGGCUUCGCCUGAACCUGAGGACAAGGAAGAGACUGAGUGGUAUAACCAAUGGCCUGAUUAUCCUCCGGAGUUCAGGGAGGUAUGUGAGGAAUAUGCUCAAGAAGUCGAAAAGCUAGCUCUGAAGCUGAUGGGACUUAUUGCCUUGAGCCUAGGCUUGCCAGAAGACAGGCUUAGCAACUAUUUCAAAGACCAAACAAGUUCUAUCAGACUCAACCACUAUCCGGCUUGUCCUUCCCCUCAGUUAGCUCUUGGUGUUGGCCACCACAAGGAUGGCGGUGCUUUAACCGUGCUGGCACAAGAUGAUGUCGGAGGGCUGGAAGUGAGGAGGAAAACAGACGGAGCAUGGAUUCGGGUCAAGCCCACCCCAAAUGCCUAUAUCAUCAAUGUUGGUGACAGCAUUCAGGUUUGGACCAAUGAAAAAUAUCAGAGUGUGGAACACAGGGUUGUGGUGAACUCGGUGAAGGAACGAUUUUCUAUUCCUUACUUCCUCAAUCCAUCACACUACACACUAAUCAAGCCUUUGGAGGAUCUGACAAAUGAGCAAAACCCUGCCAAGUAUAAGCCCUACAGCUGGGGCAAGUUUAUGACCAACAGAAAGCUCAGUAAUUUCAAGAAACUUAAUGUCGAGAACAUCCAAAUUCAUCAUUUCCGGGUAUCAGAAUAAGUGGGUUGGAUCCUAAAGAGUAUUACUGGGUGAUAGUAUGUUAGUUCUUUUUCCUUUUGUAUAUCAGUUCCAAAAAUAAUGCCACGCUGUAUAGAGAACUUGUAACGAACUUGUGGACAUGGGCUGCUUAAUGUGUCAAUAAAAUCAGUAAUAUUUUUCUGCUUCAAA